AUGCCCCGGAGGCCUUCAUUCAUUUCUCAGACGCAGCCGCGCUGUCUCGCUUCAAGCCAGAACGCUUGUUUUCAUUGGCCCCCAGUUGUGGAGGCUCCCCAAGUCAAUGCUUUUGGAAAAAGAUCGUACGGUCAGGUAGCAGCGCGUCUAACAAAUCCUUCAACCUCAUGUAGCAGCAAUGUCAGGAAAGUGCUCAACCAGAAAGGUAAAGGCGUGAACUCGGGAUCCACGCGGCAAACAACUUCGACAAGGGGAUACGAGUCGAUAGUUGCCCAAUCCGCCUGGCCCACUGCCACGCGUUGUCGGCCCAAUCCUUCAUCUGACAGGGGGCGGGGGCCUGGCCAAUCAACGUGGAGGGUCUGUCGAAGUGUCCUUCGAAGACGGACAUCAUUUAACCCCGGAAAUACGGCCUCAUCCCAGGUCAUCCCGCCAGAAACCGAUCAUGAUAUGGAUGAAAAUCAAUAUUUAGAUACAUCAGUGGAAGAAAGCGACACCCCCGCCGACUCAACCAUCCAUCGAGAACAGGUAUUAACUGGUGGGCGACGAAGGCUCCAGAACUGGGUCACAAUUUCUGACGAUGAAGAAGAUGAAGAUCAAUACUUGGAUGAACAAUCUUGUUGUCUACCCAAAGAGCCUAUUCACGAACACCCCCUGAUAGAUACCGAUAUUGAUGAGCUGGAUGAAGAUCAACAAUCAGAUUGUUUGUCGGAUGACCUUGAAGGAGAGCACAUCUCACCAGAAAUCGAUGAUGAGAUGGCUGAUGAUCGUUCGUCGGAUGACUCUGAAGGCAAGCACAUCUCACCACCAACCGAUGAUGAGAUGGAUGAAGAUCAGCACUCCAAUUGUUCGUCGGAUGACUCUGAAGGUGAGCAUAUCUCACCACAAACCGAUGAUGAGAUGGAUGAAGACCGACAAUCAGUGAUGUCAGUAGAAGAUCACCUUUCAGAAGGCGGGACCAGGCACGCAGAGUCCAAAGCCCAUUAUACACAUGAGUUGCAACGCAGUCUUUGGACCCGGUCGCAACAUCUUAAUGGACGCGUCCGCCCGCAGAAUCACUUCUGCUCCCCAGAAUCCAAGCAUGAUUCUGAUGCGGAAAGGGCGUCCUCAGGCAAAGCUCAAGGUAGGGACGCGACAGCACAGUGUUUGUCGGAAGAGGACGGGAGAAGACGAACUUGA